UGUAGAUUCCGGCAUAAGUUAACGGUUACGGUCUGCAUAAACCAACUUUAACAACGCUACGUUUUGUUGGUAUGACAGGUUUUCUAACCCGAAUAAACGUCAACUUUAACGAUUAAUACCAAACUGAAGAAUUACCAAAAAGUAUACUCGCAAUUUGAAGCACGAUAAAUGAAACAAUGAGUUUCACAGGUAGAACAAGUCAAUCGCAAUCCCCAAAACAUAUUCCAAAAAAACCGAAGUUAGAAUUGGGAACAUCGUCAUCGUCUAAGAUGCCACGCAAAGCACCGACGAGGGAUGACAUUGACAUAGCUUUGGGUCAAUUUUUCUUUGGAUGUAACAUCUCAUUCAAUAUCGCAACAUUUCAAAAACUUUGUGGAUCUCUUACAAAGACUGCGUUCGCCAACGCCAUACCAACCUCCAACGAGGAAGACACUUUCGACCAAGCUCCUGGACAAGGUCCACCAAAAGCAGUUAGAUGAAAGAGUCUCAGUCUCAGAUGAUGGAACAGACGGAGUUCUUUUAAUUGAUUGGUGGAAGAAUUCAUCCGCCAAUACCAAGAAUGUUAAUUGUUUGCACCCUUCACUCAGUUAACUCCAAAAGUACAUUCCUAAAAUCCUGGGAUAUAACGGGACUCAGAGAAACCGGCGAACAACUUAAAGAAAUUGUCAACGAAGGAAUAAAGUUAGCCAAAGAAAAGUUCAACGUUACCACCUAUGCCGUAGUUUCCGACAAUGCGUCGCCGAUGAUAUCGAUGGGCAAAAAAAUAGAGAUUUGGCAUACUACGUGUCACAGCCACAGUGGCAAUCUGUUGGCCAAGGCUUUUGUUUCGGAUGAUUUUGCGAAGACUGUAAAUGAAUUUUUGCGUAAAUUUAAGUCACCGAGUGCAGAGCAUGAAAUAAAGCAGCAAGGAGGAUCCAGAAUUAUACUAGCUUGUGACACAAGGUGGUGUAGUUACAGAGAUGCGUUCCGAUGUCUGCUAAAAAAUUUGCAUCUUAUGCAAGCUCUGAUUGAUGAAAAGAAGAUUCAACUUGAUCCCAAAUACGAAAGCUUGCUCAGAGACCCAUCAUUUGCGAUACAGUUAUAAGAUUUUAUCUUGAUCUUCGAUCCAAUAUGCCAAUUGAUAAACAUCUGUCAAGAAUCGAAUUGUAGCAUAGCUAAAGCUUGUGAAGAAUGGCUCAAAUUAGUGAUACCGACAGCCAAUGAUGAGAUGCGAAAAAAAUUGGACGAUCGACUCGAAAAAGUGUUGACACCAAUUGUACUCACAGCCAAUUUCCUACAUCCUCAGUAUCGGGGCAAACGUUUUGAACACGAUCAUCGGAAAAUGAAAAUGGUUUUCGAUUUUUUGACACAAGAAUUGGAGUUGGCAGAUAUCACUGAUGAAACGGGACUAGAUGCUUAUCAGAAGGAUCGUGGUAUUUUUGGAAAAUUGAGGGAACGAAAUCAUACAGCACCAGAAGCAUUUUGGAUUUUAGCUCGUCCAUUUCACCCAAAACUGUCGUUACUGGCUAAAAAAUUGUUAAAUAUUCCUGCUGCUUCAGCGCAAUUGGAAAGACUCUUUUCUUCGUGGGCUUUUGUUCACUCUGAUUUACGCAACCGUCUCACUGUGGAUCGAUCGAUGAAACUUGUUGAUAUCUACUAUUCUCUGAAAAUGAAUGAGUUUUUUGAUGAUCAUUACGACGAAUUGAUAGAAUCUAACUGAAUCAAUGCUUAUUUGUAAUUAACAUAAAAUAACAAGGAAGAACCCGUAUAAAAAUGAGAAUGAAUUCAUUUUUAUUUUUUGUACAAAAUGUAUAAAUUUAUUUUUUAUAAAAAAAAUACAUGAAAGUUACUUUUUUAA